AUGUUCGUGUUUCUCUUCUUCGUGUGUGCAUUCUCAAUCACGUGCGACAAACUUACAAACGCUCCAUAUACCGUUGAAGAAGCUUUUGAAUGCAUUAACUCCGUCACUAUAACAGCAGACACAGCCACAAAAAUCAAAACAUCUUUGAAGCCACUGCUACAGUCUUAUGUCUUCAAAGACAUCUUACUUAACCCACCACAACCUUCCUUCGACAACACAUUCUUCCCUCAAAUGGACAUGGACAAAAUGCUUGAUAAUUUACCAACAGACGAUGGACAAAUCUUUUACCAAUAUAUUCAAAAAGUCCAAGCCAUAAUCGACAAUACCCAUGACCUUCACUUGUCUUUCAGAUUUAGUUCUGAUGAGAAAAACAAAUAUUACUAUGAUGACUUCUAUGCUUAUUUACCAUUUGUCAUUGAUAUUGUCGAAGGUGAGUAUAUCUUCACUAAAAAUCCAAGCCUGGACUCGGAACACCUCCACGUCGAAAUUCCCCUGUUAGAUGACUAUUAUGGAAAAACUAUAUCAACGAUUAAUGGACUUGAGCCGUAUAAGUUUUUGAAAGACUAUGCAGAGGCACACACUUUCUUAAAAACACCACACGGUCGAUUCACAUACGCAAUUGAGUCGAUGUCAUUUGUUUCAUUGCGAUCAGCGCCACUUGCCGAAGAGAGUUUCAAGACGAAGUAUACCAUUGUCUUCUCGGACGACACAACAGUUGACACUGAAUACAAAUUACUUUACUUGGGAGCGACUGUUGUUGGGAAAGAGAAGAGAAAUAGAUUAUUAAGAAAGCAAAAUAGAUCACUCAGACCAAUAACUGCAGAAGACCUUUCAACACCAAAAUUGGCAGACAACAUAUUUGACUAUGAAUCGUCAGACACUAACAUCGCUUGUAAGAUCGAUUUGGAGAAGAAGAUGAAUACUAUUGUAUUGAAGACCUUUUACCCAGAAGAUGAAACAGCAGACUUCUUUAAAGUGUUUAAUACAUGUAUUCAACAAAUUGAUGAAAACACUAACCCUAUAUUGGUCAUCCUUCCUAUGAAUGGUGGUGGGUAUGCUGAUUUGGAAGCCAAUUUUGAGAAGGUCUUAGCUGUUCAUGCCGAUGCCGACUUGAUUGGAAGUGUUCGUAUAUCAAAGCCAAGUGAAGAUAUCAUGAAGAACGAAUAUGGAGAGUAUUUGGGAGAUACUAAUACAUGUGAGGCUGUAUAUAACGAAACGGAUAAAACAGUCCCUCUUGGCGAUUUCUAUGCGAAACCACAAACCACUCAAUAUGGAGAUGCCACUCAUACAUUCUCGCAAAACACUUUGAUGCACGCGGGAAUCAUGUUGGAAGCUACUUUAACGAAAAACCCGAGAAUACCAACAGAUGUUGUUAUUAUGACUGACGGCUUCUGUUAUUCGGCGUGCAGCGUUUUGGCAAAGGGAAUGGUUGAGAAGGGAAAUGCAAUUGUAGUUGGUUUUGAGGGUGACCCCAAUAUCGAAUAUGAAAAUAGCUUUGAUGCUGGAAACUCGCCAACACCCGUUAUUGAGUUUACUUCGAUCAGUAUGCCUGAAGUAAAAACAUUACAAGACUUGGGAGGAAUGCUCAAGAUUUCGUAUUUUGAAACUUUUAAUUGGAACUAUAACUACAAUGAAACUAUUCCAAGAGAAUUCUUGUUAAAUCCAAUUGAUGAAAGAUCGAAUGUGUGGAGAUAUGAUAGAACGAAGUUACAACAAUUUGUUGAUAGUGCCAUCAAAGUACAUGACAAGUAUCAAACACAAUGCAACAAAAAGAAUAAAAGACUUGUGAAAGUUAGUGUCGACUGCGACAAGGAAAUUAACGUCGAACAUGGACAUGGCGGGUAUGUCUGUGGUGAUGAUGGACUUUGGAGUAAGACAUGCCAGAUGUCAUAUUGUGACAUUGGAUAUAAAUUUGACAGAGCAAAUAAUAAUUGUAUUGAAGACGUUUGCUACAAUAAAGAGCACAAACAUAAUAAUGACUAUCUUAUUGUCGUGGUCUCAGUUUCUGUCAGUGUCGUUGUUUUGGUUGCUUUAUUCUUCUUGACAAUUGCUGUUGUUGGUGUGAUCAUUAGCCACAGACAGGACAAAAAGUCAUACUCAAAGAUUUAA